UAAAUUCAAAAUUUCAAAACAAACCAGAGGUUGUUGUGUUAACAUGCAAGUGUCUACGCCGAGCUAGCGGGCUGUUGAAGACACACGACCCAAUUUCUCAUUUGAAAAUGGACGCAGAAGAAAAGCACGACUCCAGUACGAAUGAUAAAUCGGUGGAUAUUCCUAAACCGCCUUCUAUCGAGGAUUUCAUCGUUUUGAAGCCCGUCAGCCGCGGUGCUUUUGGCAAGGUUUACCUUGCAAGGAAGAAGUCCAAUUCGCGAUUAUAUGCUAUUAAGAUGAUGAAGAAAGCAGACAUGGUUGAUAAGAAUAUGACGGGCCAGAUGAAGGCGGAGAGAGAUGCACUUGCUUUGAGUAAAAGCCCCUUCGUGGUUCACCUGUUUUACUCCCUUCAGACAGCCACCAAGAUUUAUCUGGUCAUGGAAUAUCUCAUUGGUGGAGAUGUCAAAUCUCUGCUUCACAUCUAUGGGUAUUUCGACCAGGACAUGUCAGUAAAAUACAUUUCAGAGGUUGCAUUGGCUUUGGACUACCUCCACCGUCAUGGUAUAAUCCACAGGGACUUGAAGCCAGACAACAUACUUAUAACCAACAAAGGUCACAUCAAACUGACCGACUUCGGGCUUUCUAAAGUCAAGCUUGGCAGAGAGCUGAGUCUUAUGGAUAUCCUUACUACUCCAUCCUUGGCUAAACCGAAACAAGAUUACUUCCGCACUCCGGGUCAAGUCCUCUCCUUAAUCAGCUCCCUUGGAUUUAAUUCUCCUACAGCAGAAGGAAAACGUCACUGCAGCGUGUCUGCUGUGUCCAGUCCCAUGUCCUGUUCCAAAAUAAAACAGAAGAAAAGCUCUCUUGGUUCUCCCUUGAUGAAGAAAAAAGAUCAGAUGUUCUCUCCGGCUUGCUACCCUUGGAAAUCGGGACCCAACAACAUGGUGCUUAGUCCUCAUAAUAUGGCUAAAAAUCUGACCCCCACACUGCUGAAGGCCAGGAAGAGGUUUGAGACGAUGAGUGCAGACAGCACCACCGACACUGAAGGUGCCAUCAGUCCAAUGUGGGAGUGUGACGAGAAAGAAAAUAAACCUACUAAUGAACAGAAGGGGCAAUUGCAUCCGGAGUCCAAAGGGCCCGAACAGAACAGUGCGGCCACAAAACGCGCAGCUCCAGGUGAUUUUUGUCUGUCGGCCUUGUCUGUAAAGAGAACAUUUUCUGACCUUGAGAGAAGCCCCGAGCCUCUGGAGCUCCAAGCCAAGAAGAGUAAUGCCGCCUACAAGAGAUGCUACAAGAUUCCAGGAGAGCCUGCAAGGUUUCAGACUGGCCUGACUGGAACAUUUUCCACCAUCCAAUUAUGCGACUUCAUGUCCUGCACUGAGCGGAUUGGGUCAGCUGAAGACCGGAUGCCAACGCGCUCCAGUCCCAUUGCUAAAAGUCUGUUUAGUGAACUGGAGGAGCCAACCGAGGACGUGUUUGACCUGUCUCAUUCAAGUCUCACAUCACCACUUACUGGGAACAGUGACGUUUGCAGGAGCUUGAGCCUCGACUCUGACGGCUCUAUGCACGAAACGUCUCUCACUAUUGACAGCUGUGCAUCUCUCAAGCCAAGAAGGUUUUCCAAAGACAAGAAUUCGGCAUCAUCUGAGGAGCAAGAAGAACCUAAAGAUUCAUCCAUUACUGAAUUACUCCCACAAACUCCAUCUGCCGUUACUACUGGAACACACAAACUUGGUAACUUUGGCCAGAGAGGUUCUCAGUGCUCCUAUUUUAACCGGAUCCCUGAUCUGGCCGGCGAUGUGGCACAUUCCACCUCAUUCCUCAAGCCGCGAAAUGUUGUAGUUUUCCGUAGCUACUGUAGCUCCAUUAACCGCUCCAACAUGUCGGGGGUGUCCCGAUUCAGCGUCGGUUCUGUUGAUGCUAUGGACGUGUCCACGACAGCUUCUUAUCACACUGCGUCUGGCAACACAACACCAGUGCAGAAAAGACCCAGCUCCAACAGCUCACUCUACCAGACUCCUCAGCCCAUGUCGACCUCUUACACUCCUUUCAGGACCCCAAAGAGUGUCAGAAGGGGUGCGCUGCCCAUUGAGGGUGUACCCAUUUUAGGAACUCCUGACUAUUUGGCUCCGGAGCUUCUCUUGGGAAAAUCACACGACUGCAUGGUGGAUUGGUGGGCGCUAGGUGUGUGUCUUUUCGAGUUCCUCACAGGUGUGCCACCUUUCAAUGACGAGACGCCUCAUCUGGUCUUCCAGAAUAUUCUCAACAGAGAUAUUCCCUGGCCCGAGGAAGAAGAGGAACUGUCUGUAAACUCAAGAAACGCGAUUGAAAUCCUCCUAACCAUGGACAUGACAAAUCGAGCUGGUCUAAAGGAACUCAAGGCUCACCCCCUGUUCGAGGGCUUGGAUUGGGACAACCUGCAGAACCAGCCGAUGCCUUUCAUACCUCAGCCAGAGGAUGAAACCGACACCUCAUACUUUGAUGCUAGAAAUAAUGCUCAGCACAUCGCCAUGUCGGGCUUCAGCCUGUAGAGUUAAAGCAGCAGUCAACCAAUUGUGGUUGUUGGUGAAGUGAGAGUGCUUUCAUGGUCUUUUUUUUUUUUUUUUUUUUAAACAAACCUCCAAUAACACAGUAAUGAUGUGGUUUCUGAUCGUUUCUCUGUUCAAGGUUGUAAUAUAUUUUUAAAGGCAGUGUACCUAUGUGCAAUCACUGGUCAUUAUUCGUCAUUACUUUCCGUGUCAUUGUUUUAAGACCAGAGUAGGAUACUUUAUGUUGUCACAGAACUGUUUUUAUGUCGUUUGUGUUUGUAAUUUUCAUGUGAUCUCCUGUCCGUAUUCCACACUACUAGUUUUAUAGAUAAGUUCAAAAGGCUCCCCGCUACUUGUGAAAUGUUAUCUUGUAUCUAAGAAAAAGAGUAAAAUACAAAUAAAAUAUUGUUUGUAACAUGAUGUACUCUUUCUGUGAAGUUAUCAAACACCACAAUGACAUUUGGAAAAACUAAAUUAUAAUUUGUGCAUGUAGGACCGUUUAGAUCAGGGG